AUGUCGCUAUUAAUAUGGUGCCAUAUAUACUUGGUACUAGUUCUGGCGGCUCAGAAUGCCUCUUUCACGCCACAGCAUAUAAGAACUCUACAAAACGAGACCAAAUCUUUAUUUAAUCAUGCAUGGCAGUCCUAUAUGAAAUUUGGAUUUCCUGCCGAUGAGGUCCUCCCACUAUCGUGCGAGCCUUAUGGCCGCGAUUUCAAUGAUCCGUUUAAUAUUGUCAGAAAUGAUGCAAUGGGCAAUAUUUCCCUGACUGUGCUUGACAAUUUGGAUACACUAGUAAUAAUGGAGGAAUGGGACGAGUUUGAAAAUGCAUUGGAUUACUUAAAGGCAUCCAAAAACACAUUGUUUGCCAAAGAUACAAUUGUCCAGGUGUUUGAAACGACAAUUCGAUCUCUUGGAGGGCUUCUUUCGGCCCAUUUAAUCCUUUCAGAUAUUUCUCAAUUUCUGCAAAGAUAUACAAGGCUCGCAGAAAUAGCUGAAAAAUAUGAUGGAUUUCUAUUGGAUAUGGCAUACGACUUGGGGAAGCGAUUAAUUCCAGCAUUCAGAACAAAAAGCAGCAUCCCGCUUCCUCGGGUCCAUUUAAAUCAUGGUCUCAAAUUGAUCCCUCCAUCACUUCAAAUCGACGCUUGUACCUCGGGAGCCGGCUCUCCUGUAUUGGAAUUCACCCUUUUGUCUCGUCUUACGGGUGAUCCACAAUUCGAAUACUUUUCUCAGGUCUCAUUUUGGAAAAUAUGGGCGUCAAGACUGCUGUUGGGCUUAAUGCCAAUGACAAUUGAUCCUCAGUCAGCAAGAUGGAAAGACGCUGUUUCUGGAAUUGGAGCGUCCAUUGACUCAUUUUACGAGUACGCCGUCAAGUCUUCUAUCAUAUUUAACGAUUCACAUAUGUGGGAAGUCUUUAAAUCAAGCUACAAAUCUCUCUUGACUCAUCUGGUACAAGGAGGUGGACCUCUCGAUGCAACAAUGAUUUUCACCAAUGUGGGUAGUAACGAUGGUCAGUUGUUCACCGACUGGAUUGAUCUGUUGAGCGCGUUCUGGCCUGGACUCCAAGUACUCGCCGGACAGCUAAAAGACGCUGUAAAGACCCACUUAUUGUACUUGCGCAUCUGGGACUACUUCGACCUGAUACCCGAACGAUGGAACUUUAGGCUCAGCGACAAAUCGACCAGUGCAGUUGCCCUAGAAUGGUACCCCUUGCGUCCAGAAUUCAUCGAAUCUACUUAUUAUUUGUACCGGGCAACAAAAGAUCCCAUGUACCUUCAAAUUGGCUCUCGAGUAUUAAAGUUACUCCAGACAAGAUACAUGGCCAAGUGUGGUCUUCAUGGUGUUCAGGAUAUACGAACGGGUCAGAUGCAAAACCGGAUGGAAACUUUUGUCAUGAGUGAAACACUAAAGUAUCUUUACUUACUUUUUGAUGCCGCUAAUGAACUCUUCGUUCAUAAUGGAAUGUUAGCUCUGAAAAGCUGGGUAUUUUCCACUGAAGCGCACCCGUUAUGGUUUCAUGAACAGUUGGAUGUUCUAGGAAAGAGAACAGACAUCAAUGCUACCAAUUUGCAUGCUCAAGACCACUUUAAGUUGAAGGAGGUUUUUGAGAAAGAACUUGCACUCAAAGGAGGUCAAAAGCGAUUGGGGGCUUUUGUCAAAAAGCUGAACAUUGACUUUUACCGCAAGACGCCAAACAAAAAUCAGAACAGAACUAUAAUCCAUUUACCAGCUGUAUCAACUGUUGAUCCAUAUGAACUCAAAUUUGCAACUUGUGAAGUAAUAGCCUUCGACAAGAUGAUCGAGUUUCCUGCCUCCCAUUACUAUGAAUUGGAGAAUCUCUUCGAACUAGAUUGGAAAUUUCAAGGUAGCCUUUCAAGACCACCAUAUUUAUCGCAAAAUCCAUUGGACGGUUCUUACAUUGAACUUGACCCCGACUUUUUCAGCCUAUUUUCCAUGUCAAGAACAAAUUUGCAAAGUCGGCGAGCAGCGUCUACUCAGAUCUACGAUGUAAUAGUUGGAGACGUUGCUGGCAUUCAAGAAAAGGAAAUUUCGAUUUUCAAAUUCAAACCUUCUACUGCUGUGGAUGAAGCUGUGGUUUUGGAAAACGACCUAUGGAUCCCAGAUUUGACCGCCAUGCGCAUCCGAGUCGAAGUUCUCGAGGCAGGUAAUGUCGAUAUCCAUAACAAUGUUCUAACCCAGGAGUAUAUUGACAGUUUAGCCGACAUCACGGCUGAUGUUGAUUAUCAAGAUCCAUCCUACGAUGUUACCAAACCCAAAACGGCACUUAGAGUGACAAAAGUCAAUGGUAUCUAUGUCAAUUCGGGACUGAUUGUUUGGACUCAUCCAAUUCAUGAUAAUACAGGGGCACUCUCCAUGACUGAUCUCGGAAGAGUUAUGAUAGAAGGUAAAGUUGUGGAGAAUAUGAUGGUCUUGUGGACCGAUCAAGACUCGUAG